UUUGCCAAUUUAAAAACUACUGAAUCUAGGGCAAUCAUAUCAUCAGAUGAUGACGAUGACAUCUUUCACGCUCAAUGUUUCGAACAGAACUACCAGUUUCAGCCAGCAAUUACUCUUUCCUCCAUAGUAGCGAGAAAACAGAACCAUUUAUUGAGGAAUCCAAGGAAAGUAACAUGGGCCAUCCUCUACAGAAGGAAACAUAAGAAGAGUCAAGAGGAGGAAACUACCAAAAAACGUACCAGGAGGACUCAAAAAUUCCAAAGGGCUAUUGUAGGAGCUCCUCUAAAUGGCAUUAUGGCUAAGAGAAAUCAAGGGCCUGAAGUGAGGAAAGCUCAGGGAGAACAAGCCAUCGGGGCUGUCAAAGAGCAGAAGAAGAGCCAAAAGGCUACCAAGAGGGCUGCCGCUCCACCUAAACCCAAAGCUGCACCUAAACAGAAAGCAGCCAAAAAUGUAGAAAAGGCUGCACCACGUGUAGGAGGAAAAAAUUAUUUUAAGAUCCUUAAUAAAUCAUCAACUUACUGGUACUCAUUUCCAGCUGCUCGGAAUCGGACUGGUUGCCUUCUGGCCCGAGUAGACCUUCUCCAACCUGAAGAAUAA